UCGACCCAUUCGUUCAGUGUUCAGUAUUCUCCAUGACAUCCAACAGAACAGUGCCAAUAAAAUUUUUUCUGCGUACCAUUCGGUGAACCAUUAUGGGAUACUAGCGCUUUUUGCGUUUAAACGCACACCCCCGUGUGCCUGCACAACUAUAUUUAAAAUGGAGUCUUUUAGCCUGCUUUCCCCUUCAGCCGCCCUGCCGACAAGAAAAACUAUAAUUAUAAUACAAAGUGACUACCCUGAAUACAUUAAUGGAAUUCCAUCAUCCCCACAUCAAAAUGGAAUUAGGAGAAAUGGACAGCAAUCUGGGGGCCUUCUGGUCGCCCGCUUUUGAGGAGGAUGUCUUCAAUAGCACAUUUGUUUGGAGAGAUCGAGGUGAAGGCUCAUUUGUAACAGCUGAGAAUGGAAAUGAAAAUCGACGUAAAUUAGCCACAGAGUUGCUGGAGGUGCUGGAUAGUUCCAAAAUACAACAUGACAAUUCCUGUUCUGGAUGGUUGGAGGAGCCAAUGGACUUGGAAAUCUUUGGGCAGUCACUGGUGGAGUCGCCUUCGAUUUCACUGGAUGAAACCGAAGCCUUCCCACUUUCACCCUGCCCAUCAAGUCCCCUGACCCCAGAAGCUCCCACACCUAUCCAUCCGGAGAGUCCUCAGGAAUUAUAUCCAUCCCAGGAUGAUUUGUUUUCAAUUAAACCCGACGUACCCGUUAUAACGAUUCCGGAAGAUAAUGAAGAACUACUUGAGUCGCUGGAAUCGUUACUUCAUGAAAUUGCGGAAGAAGAAGCUGCUUCAACGCCCUUUCAGCCAGAAAUUACGCAAGAAGAUGAAGAGAUAACGUCGUUACUCCUUCACUCUCUUAUCAAAGGUGAUGUUGUUUCAAGUCAAGUUCAUGAUGAACUGGCUGAAUUUAUCACGCUGAUAAACGGGAACGGAAUUGAACUCAACGAUGUGUCGGCAAUUCCAAUCGUACCGGCCUCUCCUAUGUCUUCUAUUAGAGAUGGAAAAUUGGAAUCGAGUGAUCCAGAAUGGAUACCAGCUACACCUCGUUCUUCGGGACGCAAGACAAACUGUAAUCACACCACUGCUGCUACGUUGCGUAAGCCACGCAAGAAGACUCUCAAAGUAGAUGACCGUCGUCUCCGAAAAAAAGAACAGAACAAAUCAGCUGCAACUCGCUAUCGCAUCAAGAAAAAAUUCGAAUUGGACAUAUUACUAGAAGAGGAGGCUGCUCUUGAACAACGUAACCGGCAAUUGCAAUCGAAACAUGAUGACUUGGCCAAUGAAGUCCGAUAUCUAAAGAAAUUGAUGCGCGAAGUUUUUGACAACCGCAAACGUCGUUAAACCUGUAUACUCUUUUCUCUCUUGAAAGCUGUCGCUUUAUUCCUCUUUUUAUCUGAAACAAAUGUAGUCUCGCAUCCUUUAUUAUCCUCAUAUGGAAGUCAUUUUACCAUCGAGAUUUUCUGCCAUUCCAUCACCCAUAUUUAGGCAAAAUCGCGACUCAACUAGCCUGUGAAUCUUGAAGACAACGUCCAAUUAUGAUGGCCAACUCGUUCGGUCGGAUGCUUCUUAUCUGAAAGUUGUCCUCAGUUUUCCUGGUUCUCUGUUUUGCUAAAAGCCUCUUAUUUACGAAAAUGUCAUUUAGUUCACUUUCACAGUAAAAUGGUGUCGGUAUCUUA